CUGUACUUCCUUGUAGCCUCUGUACGCACCAGAUGGAGUUCAAGACGGAGUUCAAGGCGGAGAUUUUCGGCCCAUGCAAGGAGCACUAGCGCGGCUAGUUGUCCCACACCAAACCUACCUAAUGGGACACCUGAGAACACCACCGCCGCCGAGGGCAAAAUCCCCGGUUCCGCCAGGCCGGAAAGCGUAGACCGGAAACUUGAAGAGCCGACGGACAAUGAGACGCGUUUUGUCACUCAGAGCACUGUCGGCGGCCCAGUUGAGGCCUCUUUUAACAAGAGUUUGAGCGUCCUCGUCGAGACCUUCUACAAGGCAGCCCUUUUCGACACCAGUGACCCGAACUCGCUAAUUACUCCGCUCGAUAAAGCUCAUCUCUUCUCUAAUAUCCAGGAUAUCCAUGCCACCAGCACAGGGUUGCUACUUGAUCUGGAAGAUCUUUUUGAAGCGGAUCCAACAAUGAAGAGCAUUUGUGACAUCCUGUUCGACUACUCAGAAAAGAAGCUCACCUAUUACAUCACCUACGUGAGGAAUCAGAGCUACCAAGUCAAAACCCUCGAGAAGAUCCGCACCUGCUCAGUUAAUGGCAUAAUGGCAGUCAGUCGAAGGUGUGUUUCUGCGGCUAUUCGACUGGCGCCCUGGAGUCAGAAUCCGUUUUAUCGUCGUCUUCCCGUCUGCAAUGGUCUCGACUUGAACUCCUUCCUGAUUCUUCCGAUGCAGCGAGUUGUUCGAUUACGACUCCUGGUGACCGCGGUUCUAAAAUACACACCAAAAUCCUCCCAGGCCUAUCACAGCGGUCUCUUGGCUCUAGCUUCCCUGGAAAAUGUACGUGCAGUAAACUUUAUCCAAGACUUUUGA